AUGGCAGGAGGAAUGCACUUUCUCGUUGGCAUUGCCACAGAUGAUUAUGUUAUCCUAGCAAGCGACAAAGCAACCUUCGCUUAUGGCGCAGUGUUGGCAGAUGAAAACAAUGACAAGGAGUAUCGCUUGGGAAAGAAACUGACAAUGAUGUGCAUUGGAGAAGAAGGCGAUGUUGCACAGUUCGGAGACUGGACAAAACGAAACAUUCGUCUUUAUGCUAUUCGCAAUGGCUACGAGUUGUGUCCAAAGAGUGCUCAUCAUUGGAUUCGACGGGGCAUAGCAGAGGCUCUAAGAACAGAAGAUUAUUAUGCGGUUGAUGUUCUGCUUGGAGGAUACGAUGACAAGGAAAAUAAGGCAUUCCUAGGCUCAGUUGACUAUCUUGGAAAUGGACUAGAUAAUCAGCCCUACCUGUUUCGAGGCUUCUGUGGUCGUUUUUGUUACGCCAUCAUGGACCGAGAGUAUAAGAAAAAUAUGUCAGAAGCGGAAGGUCUUUCGCUUCUUAACAAAUGCAUAGCCGAGGCUAAGAAGCGGUUUGUCGCAAACAUACCAGGUUACAAGGUUAUCAUCAUCGACAAGAAGGGCUACCGACAACUAGCCGAUAUUAAUGUAUGA